AUGUCAGCUCUUCCGAUUCUCAAACUCCCAAUCCUCGUUUUGAUGAAGAUUCUCAGAAUAAUUGAUGUUGAGACAGUAAUCCCCAUCUCAUUAUGCUCCCGUAAAAUGUACCAUCUUGUCAAAACCUUCCGAGAUAAAUCAGAUACCCUCAGACUUAAAAUGGACGGGAUAGAUUUAAGGGUACAACUUGCGACACCGGACGGCAAUUACCAUGAGGUUGAAGUCGUAGCAGGAACGUCUGAAACUGCUGAAUGGGUAAAGAUCGAUGGUCACCUAGUACCCAUCGAUCGUUCGAGGAAACACCAUGGCUGGAACACUUAUUGGGACGAUAAAGUAAAAAGAAUGCAAUCAAUAAUGGAGUAUCUAUCAGAUCUAUUUGGCAUUAAAAAUGUGACUACAAUUAUAGUAACCCGGGGUACAAUGAGACUUCUGGAUAUACUCAAGGAGAGACAAGAGAAUGAUUAUGAACUCGUCAUAUAUCAUCAAUUAAGUGAAAAAGAAUCUCAUUUUAUUUUGGAAAAUCACCCUGCAAAAGUAUUGAGAAUCGAGGGAUUUUCUCACAACUUUCCAAUUGCAAAACACCUGAAAUCAAUUGACUCACUGAUUGUAGGCUCGAAAUUAUCGAUUACUCUCGAUGAUCUACUUGACAUGGACUGUGUGGAGCUAGUUUUAAUGGGUAAUCGUUUAACUGGCACUGGACUCAAACGGAUCCUCCAACACUGGGCUAUUGAUGGGUUCCGACGACUCAAGUAUCUCAGAUUACGUGUUUGGGACUUUAAUUUGGAAGACGUACUUAGAGAUCUUGAUGGGUUGACUUACACUCGGAUGGCAGGAAAAAGAACAUAUAGAUCAAAUAUUGAAUAUCCAACUUUUGGUCAUCUACUUAUUACUCGGAAUGAUGGUGUCGUCGCUUCGUUUGAUUAUUAUCGACACGUAGGCAUAGUUCAAUUUGGUGUCUGGCCGGAUUCAAAGGGAAACACUAAUUAA